GUUUUUGAUGAAAUUUAAAAAAUGGCUGCCCCUUUGAUUUUAACAAUGCAGUUUUAAACAAUUUGGUCAACGUAUUCAUCCAAUUAGAAACCAAUCAAUUGAAGUCAAUCAAUUAAUCAAACCAAAUCGAAUCAAAUCAUGUCAUUCCCAAUCCCAGAGCAAGCUAAGAAUUUCUUAGCUGACAUUGACCACAGAACCAGUGGAAAUACAGUUUUACAUCAAUUUGAAGCUCAAACUGGUUUACCAAGAUCAUAUGCUGUGUUAGGAUUCGUUGCUGUUUAUUUCGUAUUAAUAUUUUUAAACGUUGGUGGUGUUGGUCAACUUUUAUCUAACAUUGCUGGAUUUGUCGUUCCAGGUUAUUAUUCUUUACUUGCUUUAAGUACUGUUUCUAAAAAUGAUGAUACUCAAUUAUUAACUUAUUGGGUUGUAUUUGCCUUUUUAAAUGUUAUUGAAUUCUGGUCAAAGGCUAUCUUAUACUGGAUUCCAUUCUACUUUUUAUUCAAAACUAUCUUUUUACUUUAUAUUGGUAUCCCAGCUUUUGGAGGUGCUACUACUGUCUAUCUUAAUAUUAUUAAACCAUUCGCUGAACAAUAUAUCUUAGCUGAAGGUGCUGGUAUUGCUAAGAAGCUUGAUGAAGCCGCUGAAGGUAUUUCAUCUGGUGUUGAAUUAUAAGUUUAAUUUAUAGUGAUCGGAAAAAUGUGAGAUGAAACAAUUUGCUAUUUAUCUAUCUUUAAUUCAUUAUUUUAUAUAUGUUAUCAUAUUA